AUGGGUUUCGAUGAAGUUAUAUACCCGGCUUCGUCUUGCUCAACCAACCGCAUCUUAUGGGGCCCUCGCCUGCAUGAUAAUGCUGACUCUGCGUCGAUAGCUCGAAUAACUGUCCAGUUCCAGUCGAUUCUCGACCGGUUCUCGCCUCACGAUACCGUCUUUUCACUUACAACCCCGUCUGAACUCACCGAAAAUGCGCUCUCAUCCACCUGCAUGCUGCACACCGCAUCGGGCUCCAUGACCUCCUCGACGAGCUCGCUGCGACAACGACGGCUUGGAGAAAUCACCGAAGAUGCCGAGGAGAACGGACCGGACGAGGAAGAGCGCAUCAAGCGUGUCCCAACCUCGUCUAGCCAUAGUAGAGCAGGAAGCGUCUUCAGCGGGACUUCAGAGGCGACCGCAGUGCCUAGCCAUAGUAUGCUGCGAGACGGACCUUCAAAGGGCCUGCCAGACGGUGUCAUGCUGGCUCCAGAGGCACUCUCCCACAAACCACUGCCCUCAGCCCCCGGUUUGAGCAGUCCAACUCGUGCAAAUGGCAUUCCUCAGCAACACCUUCUCGACCAGCUAUCUCAGCCGCUUCCCGAAUCACGAACUUCCUCUCAGUCAGUCAGGCCGUCUCUCCACGAGCUGGAUCAAAUUACCAUUCGGAGACCCAAAGUACGACUUGGACCACGACCGUCACUGGAUGCCAGUGGGCGGCCCAAGACUGCAGGCUCCAUGACUCGAUCUUAUGAACCUCGGCCGGUUGCGUCGCUCCCUGCGGGAAUGCGGUCGAGGAAGCAGUCUACAUCGCGGCCCAAAUCACAGCCAGACUAUGAGCAGCCGGGUGCCCAGACUCAGGGGACAGUACCUCCUGUGCCUCCCCUCCUGGUCCCGCCGCCAGUGCUAAUCGGAUCUUUCUCGAGAAACGCGCCUUCGUCUCCGAGAUCGAUCAGAAGCUGUGCUACAACCAUCGGAAUGACGCCGGAAAAACAGCGUCUAAUGCGGGCCCUAGAACUACGCAAACAGCAAAUGGCUCGACAGCCGAAGAGGGCUGAAUCGAAGGCUGAAUCGAAAACUCCAGAACAACUGCUAGAAGCAAAGGGGCAAAGGAAAGAUGAUGGGGAAAUCUCUAGCAGAAUUUCUCCUAAGGGAGGAUCGGCAUUUGUGGGCCCAACUAUUGACAAGGAUGCUGCUAACACACCACAAGCAGAGACAGCUGUCGUCGAGAGCAGAAAAAUUACAACAUCGCCAGAACUGCACGAGACUGUUCAAACACCUUCUUCCGAGGCGUCAACGCCUGAUUCGGCUGUUGAGCUAUCCCCGUCGCAUCAUUCAGUCGCUGUCGGGCAGAAGAAGGCCUACGUUUCAUCUGUUGCUGCUCCCCUUAUUGAAAAGGAGGUGGACUUGGAGCCCACACCACCUCAGACACCUCCUGAGGAAUUGGAGCUCCUUAAACCAGUGGCAUACGCUGCACCGAAGAUGACAGCUGUUCAUCCAGCUCCCUCACCACAGACAGACCAGAUGUCAGACCAAAUGGUUGAACCUGUUGUCGAAGAAUCUUCCAGCUCCCUUUCCUCGCCUCCUACCCUCCCGCAAGGUUCUCUCGAUGCCUCACUCUCCUCCUCCGUCACUUCCCACUCGAUCGAAAAGUCUUCAGUGGUCACGAGCUCGUCUUCAACCCUACGAAACGUGUCGGACACGGAGUCGGACGCCCUUUCAAAACACACCGUAUUCGCCAACUCCUCUCAAUCGAGUAUUGCUGACGAGAUCCCCGACCCCGUCGACGAUAAUGCUCCCAAGCCGGAAGCGGAAACAGAAGAAGACGCUCCAGCCCUAGCCAACGGAACCGCUGCUGCUGCUUCUACUGCUCCAGCCCCAGGGACUGAGCCGGAAUCUGACCUGGGCUCGGACACUCCUACACCCCGAAGCACGACCGAUGAGCAUUCAGAACUAAAAGUUGAAGAGGCACCCGUCACUGUACCUUCGCCAAUCAUCCAGGUUGACGAUAGAGAGGUCUCCGAUAACACACCUGAGGCUACUGAAGAGUCCAACACGAACAAGGAUGCUGAUACGGCAGUGGCCAGCCAGAAGGAAAAGCGAAUUGCAAUGCUUGACCCCAUUCAAAUCCCAUCCAACGCUAGUAAUGCUGAGGAGGAUAUACUCCUUUCGGAUGAUUCUUUCAUGGAUGAACUGGGUAGUGCAACACUGCAAGAGGCUCGACCUAUCACUAUUCCUCGUACGCCUACAAGCAGCAGUGGAAAGGGCGCCUCCUCUGCUGACCGUUGGAACGGUUCCCGCAUGGUCUCCAAUUCCUCCGUGAGAUCGGAUAUCGAGGCCCUUCCAGUCGGUGUUGCUUCAUCCAGGGCUUUCUUUGAGUCAGAAAAAUCAGCUCCCGUCCUCGUUGCUAAAAAGGUAAAUGUUUCCUCGGGCAUCUCGAAACGCAUCAAGGCCCUGGAAAUGUUUUCGAGCCGAGAAGCUGGCGCGAUACCAGACAAGGCUUCAAACCGACCUGAGCCACAAAAGUCUGCCUCCCCCUCUGCCUUCGAAAAAUUCCGAAAGCGUACUUCUAUAUCUCAGUCUCCGGGAUCUCUCUCCCCUUCUCCCAGCAACCUAGCUCUACCACAAGCUGCAGAUGCUGCAUCGGGGAAGAAUGGCGAUUCCAAGUCUUCCAACCGACCCAAGUCCAAAUCAGUUUCUGUCACUGCGAGAAUCGUACGUGGUGCGUCAGCCAGUGCAUCCGACAAUCCAUCGGACUCGGAGCCAAACUCCCUGAACCUUCACCGGAGCGAGAUCACAGUCGAGCAAAACGGUGAGAAGUCAGCUCAAGCUUCCAACCUGAGUAUCAGAAGCCCCGAAAAGCGUCAUUCGAUUUGUUCGAGUGGUGCAGGCUCUAAGCGAAACUCGUUUACUGGACCCAAGUCCCCUUCCAUCGAUACUACAAACAAAACCCCCAUCACUCGACCGAUGUUCGACGCUGUACACUCCCCGUCCUCAAGUGACACAGCACACGGCAACGCCGAGAGCAUAGAUGAGACAAAGGAAGACAAAAAGGGGUCUCGCAAGUCACGAAUCAUUCGCCGCAUGUCCUCCAUUACCACGAAUCCCCUACGGAAAUCGACAGCCAAAGAUCAAAAGGGCCCAGCUCCCCCUCAAACACCAAUGAUACAAGAAUCUCCAGCCAGUAACAGCACACCAAUUCAUGUCGUCGACGUCGGUGAAGUCAAUGUUCAAUUCCCUGACACCCUCUUGUGGAAGCGUAGAUUUAUGCGAGUCGAUGAAAGCGGAUAUUUGAUUCUCACUCCCGGAACAAUCGACGGGAACCCUCGAAACACCGUGAAGCGCUACCACCUUUCUGAAUUCCGAAGACCGUAUGUACCUGAUCAUGAUAGACAGGAGCUGCCUAAUAGCAUCCUCCUUGAUUUCUGUGAUGGAAAUACACUCCAAUGCGCCUGUGAAUCAAAGCAAGGACAGAGUCUAACUCUCCAAAGUAAGUCAAUCAAAUAA